GCUUUUAGUUUUCUGCUUUGUUUGCUACGCGUUCCAACUUAGUGGGGAAUUCUCUCUUUGGGGCUUCCCAUUUCCUGGCAAGAUGACCAGCACUAUCAGGCAAUAUACCUCCUCCUCCUCCUCCACAAAGGGGCCUGUGAGUUUUGGUGGGGGCUCCUCUCGAUUUUCCUCUGUGCAUCUUGGAGGGGGAUACAGAGCCCCGGGCAUCCAUGGUGGAGCUGGUGGCAUCUCCAUCUCUUCUUCCCGCUAUGUCUCUGGGGUAGGCAGCUCCUUUGGUGGUGGCUAUGGGGGCAGCUACUGCAGCAGCAGCUUUGGUGGCAGCUUGGGUGGAGGCUUCGGGGGCAGCUAUGUAGUUGGUGGCGGGGAUGGCCUCCUGGCUGGGGGUGAGAAGGAGACCAUGCAGAACUUGAACGACCGCCUGGCUGCCUACCUGGACAAGGUGCGUGCCCUGGAAGAAGCCAACAGUGAGCUGGAGAUUAAGAUCAAAGAGUGGUACAAGAAACAGGGACCUGGUCCAGACCGUGACUACAGCCCAUAUUUCAGGACCAUCGAAGAUCUGCGGAGCAAGAUUCUUGCUGCCAGUGUUCAGAACGCCAGCAUCCUCUUGCAGAUUGACAAUGCUAAACUGACUGCUGAUGACUUCAGAACCAAGUAUGAGGCAGAGACGGUGCUGCGCACGAACGUGGAGGCGGACAUCAAUGGUCUGCGCAGAGUCUUGGAUGAACUCACCCUGGCCAGGUCUGACUUGGAAAUGCAGCUGGAAAAUCUGCGGGAAGAGUUGGGUUACCUGAAGAAGAACCAUGAGGAGGAAAUGAAUGUACUUCGAAGCCAAGUGGGUGGAGAAAUCACCGUGGAAAUGGAUGCCGCUCCUGGAGUGGACCUGACCAAGAUCCUGGCGGAGAUGCGCGAGCAGUAUGAAGAAUUGGCAGAGAAGAACCGCAAAGAUGCAGAGCAAUGGUUCUUCACCAAGACUGAAGAGCUGAACCGUGAAGUUGCUACCAAUACACAGCAGUUGCAGAGUAGCAAGUCGGAGAUCACAGAACUGCGGCGCACCAUCCAAGGCCUGGAAAUAGAUCUCCAAGCCCAGCUCAGCAUGAAAGCGGCAUUGGAAGGCACCCUGGCAGAGACAGAAGCCCGCUAUGGCACCCAGCUCACCCAGAUCCAAGCUCUGAUCACCAGCGUGGAGGAGCAGCUGGCGGAGCUGCGGUGUGACAUGGAACGCCAGAACCACGAGUACAAGAUCCUCCUGGAUAUCAGGACCCGCCUGGAGCAGGAGAUCAGCACCUACCGUCGCCUGCUGGAGGGAGAGGAAGCCCACAUUUCUUCCCAAUACUCAUCGGCUUUGUCUGGCAGAGACGCAUCCUCAACCACCCGCCAGGUCCGCACAAUCGUCGAGGAGGUCCAGGAUGGAAAGGUGAUCUCAAGCCGCGAGAAGGUCCAUGUCUCCAGCUAUUAAACCUGCCGGCUGCCUUGCCUGUUCCAGGCACCGUGAACCUGACCCGCUUCUUUCCCCCUCGCAUGUGAUGCUCCUUCUGGUGCUCAGGCUCCUGCCUCAGCAUCCAGAAUUUGAGCUCUGUAUGGCUAUUUCCACAAAUUUCCAAUAAAGCUUUUUCAUUUCAUGCAUUCAAA